AUGUCGGCCAGCGGUUCAUUGGUGCCGCCGAUCAGCUGGGCACAGCGCCCCGAGUAUGUCCUCGUCACGAUUCCGCUGCAGGACACCACGGGUGUAACUGUGGAGAUCAAGGAUGAAGGGAGGGAGCUACUGUUCGCCUGCUGCGCCCCCGAAGGCAAGCAGUACGCAUGCACGAUCCACUUUUACGGCGCGAUAUCCUCUGAGGAGAGUCAGCACGUGGUGCGGCCGCGUCAGAUCGAGCUGAAGCUGCGGAAAAAGCUAACAAGGUCACUUGAAGACGCCGACGACGAGGUGGAGUGGCCGCGGCUGACCAAGGAGAAGGUCAAAUACCCUAACAUUACCAUCGACUGGUCUAAGUGGAAAGACGAGGAUGACGAAGGUGCUACAGACGACUUGGGGGACUUCGGCCUCGGCGGCGGCGACGCGAUGGACGGGCAGUACUCGGAGAUGCUCAGUCAGCUCAUGCAGACGCAGGGAAAGAAGGACGCGGAGGAAUUAGCCGGCCUUCCACCCGGCACGAUUCCUGAAUUUGGCUCGGCGCAAAGGCAAGAGGCCACUCACGGCGCAUCUGCGGCAGCCGGAGAUGAUGACAGCGAGAUGCCGCCGCUCGAGGACGAUAUGUGA